AUGGCUCUGCCCCACGGCUCUGCUCCACGGCUCUACGGCUCUGCUCCACGGCUCCACGGCUCUGCUCCACUGCUUCACGGCUCUGCUCCACGGCUCUACGGCUCUGCUCCACGGCUCUGCGGCUCUGCUCCACUGCUCUGCUCCACGGCUCCACGGCUCUGUGGCUCUGCUCCACGUCUCUGCCCCACGGCUCUGCCCCACGGCUCUGCCCCACGGCUCUGCCCCACGGCUCUGCCCCACGGCUCUGCCCCACGGCUCUGCUCCACGACUCUGCUCCACGGUUCUGCUCCACGGCUCUGCUCCACAACUCUGCUCCACGGCACUGCUCCACGGCUCUACGGUUCUGCGGCUCUGCUCCACGGCUCUGCUCCACAACUCUGCUCCACGGCUCUACGGCUCUGCGGCUCUGCUCCACGGCUCUGCUCCACGGCUCCACGGCUCUGCUCCACUGCUCCACGGCUCUGCUCCAUAGCUCUGCUCCAUGGCUCUGCCCCACGGCUCUGCUCCACGGCUCUACGGCUCUGCUCCACGGCUCUGCGGCUCUGCUCCACGGCUCUGUGGCUCUGCUCCACGGCUCUGCUCCACGGCACUGAUCCACGGCUCUACGGCUCUGCGGCACUGCUCCACGACUCUGCUCCACGGCUCUGCUCCACGGCUCUGCUCCACGGCACUGCUCCACGGCUCUGCUCCACGGCACUGCUCCACGGCUCUACGGCUCUGCUCCACGGCUCUGCUCCACGGCUCUACGGCUCUGCUCUGCGGCUCUGCUCCACGGCUCUGUGGCUCUGCUCCACGGCUCUGAUCCACGGCUCUACGGCUCUGCGGCACUGCUCCACGACUCUGCUCCACGGCUCUGCUCCACGGCUCUGCUCCACGGCACAGCUCCACGGCUCUGCUCCACGGCACUGCUCCACGGCUCUACGGCUCUGCUCCACGGCUCUGCUCCACGGCUCUAAGGCUCUGCUCCACGGCUCUGUCCCACAGCUCUGCUCCACGGCUCUGCUCCACGGCUCUCUCAACAUCCUUCCUUAUUAA